AUUUUUAUUCAUAAAUCUUCCUCCGUCCGACCAGACCUAAUACAAUCGAUCAUGAAUAGAGGAGAAAACUCAGAUUCUAUCCCUAUUGAUCUCAUUCUUGAGAUACUCUCGAGAUUGCCUGCAAAGUCAAUCCAGAGGUUUCGCUGCGUGUCGAAGCUAUGGAAGUCCAUGCUUAGCCAAUCAUAUUUCACAGAGUUGUUCUUGAACAAGUCCUCAUCUCGCCCACGUCUCUUAUUUGUGGUCAAACAAGACAGCGACUGGCUUUUCUUCUCGUUACCUCAGCCUCAGAAUCUAGAUGAGAAGUCGUCCCUUGUAGUAGCCGAUUGUCAUAUGAAGUUCUCUAAAGACAUAAGCCCAUACAAUUGUACCUAUGCUUCUGGUUUGAUCUAUUUUCAUAAUAUGGAUAAUGAUGCAGUACGUGUGAUAUGUAACCCUAGCACAGGACAAUAUGCGAUCUUACCACUACCUGAAAGGAGAACGCACAGACAUUCGUAUAGCUAUUUAGGGUUUGAUCCAAUAGACAAGGAAUUCAAGGUAUUGUUCAUGAAUACUAGUAAAUUUAUAGCUUCUAGUGAUAUAGAUCAUUAUAUUUUGACACUAGGAACUGGGAAAUUGAGGUGGAGGAAGAUCCAAUGUCCUUUUACCCAUAACCCUUUUUGGAAUAGGAUUUGCAUCAAUGGGGUUUUGUAUUACUUAGCUCAUUCUGAAAGAAAGUAUUAUGCGGUAGUUUGCUUUGAUGUUAGAUCUGAGAAAUUCAAGCUCGUUGAACUACACCGUUUGGAUUGCUGUCUUUAUGGACUGAUAAACUAUAAGGGGAAAUUAUGUGGGGUUAAUUUGAAGUAUGCUUCUGAUGGUGGAUUUCCCCUUGAGUUACGUAUGUGGGUUCUAGAGGAUGUCGAGAAAGAGGAAUGGACGACAUAUGCCUACACUUUGAGGGAUGAGAAUAAACUCGUUAAGGUUAACUACAAUCUUUCCGUUGCUGGGGUGACUGCUUCAGGUGAAAUUGUUUUGGUGGACCAUAAUACAUGUAAACCGUUCUAUGUUUUCUACUUUAAUCCCAAAAGGAACACUCUCCAAAGUGUUGAAAUCAAAUUUUUUGGAGCUAAGGGUGAAGCGUUUAAGACUAGUUUCCUAGUUGACGCCUUUAUAGACCAUGCAGAGGAUCUUAAGUUCCAUAUUAAGACGACAACAUACGCUGCUUACCUGGAAGAAGAUCAUCGCACGCUUGAGAUGUGUUAACAAAUUUGAUGGUCUGUGUCUUUUAGAUGAUGAGGAGUUUACUUACCUUCCUCACCAAGUCAGCUAAACAAGCUCUCUGUUUUAGACAAGUUAUGUUCUCUCUCUGUAAGAAUCAAGGUAUCAAAAAAGUUUUUAGGAAAUUAAGUUUUUAUCAAAGUCAGAGUCAUGGCUGAAGUUGUUGUCUUCAUAAUAUUUAUAACAUAGAGUCUUAACUAUUUUUCCU